UUGUAGCCUGUUCAGUGUCCCGUUGACCAUGUGCUCCUUCGGUUAUGCCAACGAAUCGCGAAUGAUAAUUUAUUUUGUAAUCGCCAAACUGUUCGUAUAGUUUGUCAAUCGGAUCACAUAUACGUACGUCGGUGUAUGAAAUAUUGAUGUGACAUAAUAUAAUUCACUCAAUGUUGAAAAUGAUGAAGAUUUGAAAAUAAACAGUUAUUUUCAUUACAACCAUAAGAGGACUUUAGACCAUAAAACCAUACAUAUACAUUUCUUAUUUUUAUUAUUCUUCGAAUGUGAAAUGUAAAAUCAAAAUGAUUUUUUUUAAGUGUUCGUAUACUAAUGAACUUAACUAUCUAUGUCGGUUUCAUUAAGUGAUCAAAAGUGAAUUAAAAAAUAUAAUUUUUACUAACAAAGUAUCAUUAUGAAGAUAUUUCUUAAUUUUGGACUUCUCCUAUUUUCUGUUAUACCGUGUAUCUUGAUGUUGAUUCAAAACCCAACUAAAAUUCAAGAUCGCGACCAUUGGUACGAAGAGGCCCGAUCCGCGUUGAAAAAACGGUUGGCCAGUUUCGAGGGUAAAAUGGGAAGAGCGAAAAACGUGGUGUUUUUGGUCGGCGAUGGAAUGGGCGCGUCUACGUUGACCGCAUCGAGGAUAUUCAAAGGACAGAGACGGGGCAACCAAGGUGAAGAGGAGCAAUUGAUUUGGGAUACGUUUCCCGCUGUGGCAAUGGCAAAGGUAGGAUGUUGGUCACGUUAUUCUAAUGAUCUGAUCAAAGUGUUUCGUUGCUAGGACUUUUUUGGUCGUGAGGUUUUGUGUAAAAAAAACAUAUAUAUAUAUAAGCACUCCCCGAACAUUAGUUGUGUACCUGUACACAUAAAUACUCUUAUUGAUCCACGUGGUAUAUAAUAUAUAUCAUUAUUAUUAUGCAGUUUAGAGUAUGCAAUAUGUUUUAACCUAUAUAGUAUACACCUAUAGCUGGUACCGAAUUGAAAUCCUCCGAAUUAUGGAUUGACACUUUUUAAUGGCUUAUUCAGUUUCCGUAUACGAAAGCGUUAAUCAAUUAAUAAUAUAGGUACCUAGGUACAUUUUGUAAUAACAUUUCCUUAUAAUACUGUUUAAUUUAAUAUGCAAAAUUAAAGUGAUAGUUAUUAUUUAGCUUCGUUGUCAAGACUUUUUUGGUAGUAAGGUUUUGUAAGAAAAAAAAUUACCCCCCCCCCCUCCCCCCUAAUAGUCGUGUACCUAUAAUACACAUGACUCUUAUCGAUCCUCGUAGUAAGAUAAUGACCAGUGUUCGGACUUAUCUACAUAAAUAGUUACAAGGUAUCUAAACGUUCAUUUUAGAUAAUUUUUUUACUAAUCUAAAUAAAU